GUACAUCGUUCCUAGUUAAUUUGGUUGGCUGCUAAAAAUUACGAUUUUAGCCAAUCACAUUGUCCCAGGUCACACACAGCAAAUGUACAGGAAGGAAAGAUGGCAGCCAGAAAUGGGAAAAAUGGUCUACUUGAGAAAUGGAGGAUUGAUGAGAAACCUGUGAAGAUUGACAAAUGGGAUGGUGCAGCUGUCAAGAAUUCUCUUGAUGAUGCAGCAAAGAAGGUCCUCUUGGAGAAGUAUGGUUAUGCAGAGAACUUCAAUCUCGUAGAUGGACGUCUCCUUAUUUGCACAAUCUCCUGCCUCUUCGCCAUCGUAGCUUUAAUUUGGGACUUCCUUUAUCCAUUCCCUGAGUCCAAGCCAGUCCUGGCAAUCUGUGUCAUAUCUUAUUUCAUAAUGAUGGGCAUUCUAACCUUAUAUACCUCCUACCAAGAAAAGAACAUCUUCCUUGUUUCUGUCCAGAAGGACCCCGCUGGCAUGGACCCUGACCACACAUGGCAGCUUUCAUCUAGUCUGAAAAGGUUUGAUGACCAGUACACACUAAGAGUGUCCUUCUCAGAUGGGAAGUCGAAACACACGCGGGUGCAAGAGAUCACGAAGUCUGUGGGGGCUUUCUUUGACGGGAACGGAACACUGGUCAUGGACCAGUUUGAAAAGUGUGUGUCAAAACUCCAUGAUACCUUGGCCACUGAAAAGAAGACACAAUAAUAAUGAUCAGACAUAGCCUUCUUUACAAUGCUGCACCACACCGGCAGAAACUGCAGUAGAGCACACUGGUAUUGUACGGUCCUGGGUGCAUUUGAAUUAGUUAUUGGUUGUUAUAAGUCCGCACGCCAGCAUUUGUUGUCCAUUAUUUAAUUUGUCCAAUAAAUUGACUGUUGUGCAUACAUUUUUUUUCUUCCUAUGUUUACCUUGAUACAAGUCUCAUCUAGACAUUGCUUUUAAGAACCCCUAAGACAACUCAAAAAAAAUAUGAAUAAAAUAUUUCUUGCACCACUCAAGUUUUUAUCUUCACCAUUGAAUGGUCGUUCUAAAAAUGAAGAGAUUCGUCCUUUUAUUUUAUUGUUUAACUUCUCUUCCCCACAUUUUAUUUUAUGCUGCCUUACAUAAUGUGUGCAGUGAAUGACCAGAUCAUUGUUGGAAAUUAUGUAAAAUACGUAUAGUUUUUGUCCUGAAAGCCUUAUUCAAGGUAACUAGUGUAUUUUAAAAGCUUUGCAAUUCUACAUGUAUUUUUCUGUUUAUGGAUUUUGUUACUACAGUAUGUAGUUACCAUAAGGCUUUAAAGGGCAAAAGAAAUGAUCUGAAAAGGGACUGUAUCCACACAUUUACUAGUGUCAUCACCAUUCCUCUCUUCAGUACAUGGUUUGUUGGAAGUGUUUCUUUCAAGUUGGAAUCCUUUUUGGUGAAACUGCCAAGUCCUUCUGCGAUAUUACAGCAACAAAUAUGUUACUUUGAAAAUAUGUUUUCCCCCUCCAGAUAUUGAACAUCAUUGCACGCAGAGAAGAACCGCAGAGUAUGUACUGCGAUUUUAUUUGUAUAUAACAGCGCCACUGGUAUAUAUAUGAUCGGUGGUGCUGUUUCACCUUUCGCGGCUCUCAGCUUUAAAGCAGGGGUAAUUGUUUUGAUGUACAUGUUUUGUCAACGAUUUGGAAAUUAAAUAGCAGUGAUUAGUUAUCCUCACGUAGGAGUGCAUGACCAUUGGUUUUCAAUUUCCAGUCUCACAGAAUACUGAAUACACAAGCACAUUUUUUUUGGACUUAUAUUGGUAAAGUUUCCUGGAUUCAGUUUAUUUCUCUGUAGUAUGACUUUAAAAGUGAGUGGUACAGAGACAUUGCCCUUUUUGUCCGUAGAUUUUUGGCUUUAGCAACCUUAUUGUACGUUCCUGUUCUUCAUAUAAGUUUAAAAUAAAGUUAGAAAGCAUUUUUA